GAAGGUAAUUUAUCUCUACGCUUCUCUCUCUGCAGUUACUCUUUUGAGAGCAUCUCUCUCUAGAAUAUCGAGUAUUGCUGACUUGAGCGUCGAAGUGUUUUCCUCGAGGAAACAUCCUCGGGAUUUUCAGAAGCCGCCUCCAGAGAAAUGAAAUGGAUGAACAGGAGGACACUCAGCUAUCUGACGUCGGCUUGAAUGAUUUUAGACCAAUGCCGAGAAACCUUUUUGUUGGGGGAGCAGAACAGGAUCAAUUAAGUGGAACAGAUGACGAUGAAAGAACACCAACUGGGUACGCAACUCAGCCCGAACAAUUCCAAAUUCCGACAGGAACAAGGCACAAGCAUCCCAAGCAAGGCAAUUCACAGCAUGAACGACCUGAAAGGUCAAUGGAGCCUGCUCGGACGGUAGAGCUCGAAGAGAGAACUAGAAUUCUUGAAAUGGUAAUGGGAAAAAUCCUUGCCCGCCUAAUCCCUGAUUACCCUCUAAUUCCCUUGCUGAACAGGGAUGCGCAGCCAGCUACAAUAGCAAGUCGUAACUCUCCCGCUCUGAGCAAUAUAUUAAUGCCGACCAAACCAAUAGGAAGUGGGAGGUUGAAUAACGAACCUAGCUCGUCCAAACAUAGUGAGGAAUUGAUGAGAAAGAAUGCAGACCUUGAAAGGCAGCUACGGGAUGUUCAUCAGAAAGAAGGGGAAUCUCUGAGGGACUACAUGCAACAAUUUAACAAGGCUACUUUAGACAUUGACAACGUCCCUGAUACCAUCUGCUUGUCCGCCUUACUGCAUGGCCUUAAACCUGGUCGAUUCCUAGACAACCUACUAGAAAACCCACCAAAGAUGUGGAAUGAAGUAAAUGAACGGUUUCAAAUCCUAGCACAAAUCCAGCACUGGGUCAGAAGACCCCCUCCCCCACUGCAUGAUUCCUCAAGAGUAGACAAGAGCAAGCACUGUGACUACCAUCGUGCCUACGGCCACAAUACAGAAGAUUGCCAACAUAUAAAGGAUGAGCUAGAGUUCUUGGCUCGCAAUGGGAAGUUAGAAGGAUAUGUUCAAAAGCCUUAUGCCCAGCAACCAACUCAAACUCACUUUGUGCUGGGGUAUGACCGACCUCAGGGGCAGAGGUAUCAGCUCGACAGCACACAGGACGUGUAUCAGGACAACCAACAUCCUUAUGAGCAAGGCUAUGCUGGGAUACCCCCGCCCUCUAACACAAUCAAUAUGAUAUCGGGUGGUAUGCACUCAAGAGGCCUAAGCGCUCGGGGCCAUAAGGCAUAUGCCCGACAAGUGAUGAAUGUUAAUAAGAACAGGCCUUUGAAGUGGCCGUUCAAGGAGGUGGAGUGGGAGAAUGCGCCUAUUACAUUCAACCCGACAGACUAUAAGCAAGCAGAAGGAGAGCCCGACGUUAUGAUGCCUCAUGCAAAUCCUUUUGUGGCAACCGUUCAUAUAGGCAAUCAUAACGUCAACAAGGUGUUCAUCGAUACUAGUAGCUCCCCAAAUAUCUUAUACUGGAGCUGUUUUCAAAAGAUGCAACUGAAUCCGAGCUCGCUGCAAAAGUAUGAAGGGCCCAUAUAUGGGUUUGAUAACCAGCCUGUCCCGGUUGAGGGAGUUAUUACUCUCCCCAUAUAUGUGAGCUUAGAACCACGCUUCAGGAUGGCUUCUGUUAGCUUUCUAGUCGUCAAGAUGGAAUCGGCGUUCAAUGCCAUACUAGGAAGGGCCACCCUCUGCGAGCUGAAGGCUGUCAUCUCGCAACCUCAUCUCUACAUGAACUUGGGUUAUCACCAGGUUCAAUUGCUAUUGGACGAUCAGGAGAAAACAGCUUUUUAUGCUGACAAUGCAAUCUACUGCUAUGUCAUGAUGCCAUUUGGCCUGAGAAAUGCUGGCGCGACAUAUCAGAAGCUGAUGCAAGUCGUCUUUAACCUCAAGAUCGGCAGGAAUAUUGAAGUAUAUGUGGACGACAUGAUACUCACCAAGUCAGGGAAAUUCCUAGGGUAUGUGGCAUCCAAGAAAGGAAUUGAGGUGAAUCCAGAGAAGGUUCAGGCCAUUCAGCAGAUGGAGCCUCCCAAGACUGGGGAGAGUUUGUACCUGUACCUGGGGGUAUCAAAGGAGGCCGUGAGCUCAGUUUUGCUGAGGGAAGAAAAUAAGCAGCAGAAGCCUAUCUGCUAUGUGAGCAAGGUCCUACAAGGAGCAGAGCAAAACUACCCAGUAGUAGAAAAGGCUACCUUUGCCCUAGUUUACACAGCUCAUAAGCUGAGAGCUUACUUCCAAUCACAUCAGAUUAUUGUCUAUAUCGAUCUGCUGUUGAGGAAGAUAUUGCAGAAACCGAAACUCUCUGACCGGCUUAUUGGGUGGAGCAUCGAGCUGAGUGAGUACGACCUCAAAUUUCAACCGCGCAUAACCGUAAAAGGCCCGGCUGUGGCGGACUUCCUAGUGGAGUGCCUCUCGGUGACGGUGGAAGAAAAGGCACCCAAAUACCUAGUCUGGGUCUUGUAUGUAGAUGGAACUGCAAAUAUUGAAGGAUCGGGUGCAGAGGCUGUAUUGAAAUCAGGGUUUACCUCUUUCCAGAUCAACAAGAUACCCAAAGCAGAUAACCAACGAGCUGACGAUCUAUCCAAAUUAGCCUCCUCACAAGAUAUCCACCCUCAGAGAUCAAUAGUUGUGGAGGUACUUAACGCCCCGAGCUACACCGAUUUCACAAUCGAGUGUCAACUACUAAGCACGGAUCCCUCUUCACCGAGCUGGACCACCCCGCUCAUAGAGUAUCUGCGAAGCGGCGAGCUGCCCGAAGAUCCGUCCAUAGCAAAGUUGAUUAAACGCAGGGCAACACAUUUUACCCUAUUAGAUAAUCAGAUUUACAAGCGGGCAGCUUCAAUGCCCUUACUGCGCUGCCUUACUCCUUAUGAAGCUGAAUACGCUGUGAGAGAAGUUCAUGAAGGAGUAUGUGGCACGCACAUAGGUGGCAAAACUUUAGCUCGGAAACUCCUGAGGCAUGGUUAUUACUGGCCUACUAUGGUCGAGGAGGCACAGAGCUAUGUCAAAAAGUUUGGCAUACCUAAACAGAUCAUCGCUAACAAUGAUCCACAGUUUCGAGCUGCGGCGCUGAGGUCGUUCUGUGACGACUAUGGCAUUGAGCUCGCCUUGACAUCUGUAUAUGCUCCACAGUCAAAUGGACAAGCCGAGUCCGCCAAUAAAAUCGUCUUGCGAGGCCUCAAGACAUGUGUUUUAGCUGCACAUUCUAAUUGGGUUGACGAGCUCAAUAAAGUACUUUGGUCAUGUCGCACUACACUUAGCUCGACCACAGGCGAAACUCCAUUUAGCCUUGCCUAUGGAGCUGAGGCCGUCAUCCUAGUAAAGGUCGAAUUGCCAUCUGAUAGAGUAGGUCAGCAUGACGAUCCCAGCAAUGAGCAAUUUUUGAGAGAGAACCUAGACCUUGUAGAAGAGGUCAGAGAGAUGUCUCGAAUAAGAAACAUGGCGUAUCAAGGUCGUGUAGCAAAACUCUAUAAUAAGAGGGUCCAAGCUCAUCAAUUUCAGGUUGGCGAUCUGGUUGUAUGAAAAGCUGGAUUAACCAACGCUUAUUCACACAUGGGCAAGCUCACUCUUAAUUGGGAAGGUCCAUAUAUGGUUGUUCAAGUUAACCGACCUGGAUUUUACAUAUUAGCAGAUAUGCACGGGCGCCAGUUACCAUUUACAUGGAAUGUUCAGAAUCUUAGAAAAUUUUACAGUUGAUUUGUAUUAUUGCUGGAUAUUUAGAGAACUUGAAUGAUGUAUGAGUGCAAUGCAAAUAAUACACAUAGUUCUCC